UCUUCCGGGUUAUGGGUCUCAGUCCUAGGUCGUUGCUUGGUAACCGCGUCCAUGGCUGGGAAGGCCAGCCGUAAAGAAAAACCCGCCGUUUCCCAACAGGGAAAUGUAAAUACACCGGAACGGGACGUCGCGGAAUCCGGGGUGGCCGCCACCCGGGCAGUCUCUGGGAGGGCUGUCUCCUUGGGGGCCAUCCAGGAGACCUUGCCUACCUCGUCUCCGAUCUCUCCAUUGCCUCUGUCGUCUCCGGGAGCCGUGCAGUCGGUUGAGGGCACUGGCGUUACUGAGGCGGCUACGUCCUUGAAGACUCCAUCUGAGCCGGAAAAGAAUCUCUGGGAGCAGAUCUGCGAGGAAUAUGAAGCUGAGCAGCCUCCCUUUCCAGAAGGGUAUAAAGUAAAACAACAGCCUGUGAUUACUGUUUCUUCUCCAUUGGAAUCAACAGUUUUUCCAGGUUUAAGUCCAGAACACUUUUUUCAAGUUACUCCAAAUUAUGCCAUCGUUCAAGAUAUACCUUGUAUGAUGCCUGAAGCUCCAGAAGUUUUGGACCCCAAAACAUGUCCUCCCAGAGAAUAUUUAGAAAAUUUCAUAUUUCCAGUGUUGCUUCCUGGAAUGGCUAACCUACUCCAUCAAGCCAAGAUUGAAAAAUGCUUUGAGAGGAAAAAAACAAAAUUUGUUGCCUGUGAUUUUCUGACUGAGUGGCUAUACAACCAGAAUCCAAAGAGGAUAGAUGAGCCAUUCACAGAAUUCUUCUCAAUUCCAUUUGUGGCAAAUCGGCUAAAGAUUCAAGCAGAGAGAUGGAAUGUCUUGUUCAUGGAAUGGUGUUAUCAUUGGAAUGAAGAGUACUUGUAUCCUAGGCCACCAAUUCCUCUUUCUCUCCUACUCUCAGAAGAAGAAGCAACCCUCAUCAUCCAGGCAUUCUGGAGGGGCUAUCUGGUUCGUUGUGAUCCUGAGAUCCAAGAGUUGCGUCAGUGGCAGAAGCAACUGAGGGAAGACAGUCACAUUCGUCAGAGAGUGAAAGAAUUCUGGGCUAAACAGGAAAAAAAAGUGAAAUGCAAGUUAGAGGAUGAAGAGGAGCCUCCCUAUCCAUCACCUGAGGCAAACACCACUACCCAGAGCAAAUAAAUGGCAUCUGUCUCUUGUAUUCUUAAGUCUUGGAUGUAAAAGUCAUUUGGAUGCUGGCAAAAUGAAAACAACUCUCUAUGCAAGUGUAGUUGAUUCUGGUCAAACUUACUUUGAUUAUUCUCUGGAGCUUUCCUGGGUAAUCUACUCUACCUGCGAGAAAAACCCCAGUCUGGAGUUCUUGCAAACAAGGCAUUUCCCUUUCAGUCAUUGGUGGGGAUGAUCCUCUCCCUGGUCACAAAACUGCUUCUGAAACGCACGUUGACACGGGAGCUCUAGAGGCCCAUUCCCUAAUCCCAAAGGAUUUUGUAAUUCAGUAUUAUCAGUGCACUAUUUUCUGGUUCUCUCUAAGCAUUCCAAUCAGUUUUCCCACCUUUGGGGAAAGACUUAGCUGAUUUUUAAACUGAAACCUGGGAUUUUGGUUUUUCUCUACCUUAAGCCACAGAUAGUCUUUUGCAAGCAUUUGUCCAUUUUAAAUUCCUUCACUACUCCAGUAGUUCAUUUCAAAGGAGAAUCGUUUUUUGGGGGGGUCAUGACAAUCCUUAACAAUUGAUCAGAACCUACAGUAGUGCAAAUGCAAGUAACCAAAGGAGGAGGUCAGAGUGAGUUUCCAGCUCAAACCACCAGGCCCAGGAAUAUCCCGGAGUGAUGUUAAAAUGCGUACCAAGUCUACAGGCAGUCUCAGAUUCGUAGUAUCUGAGGUCCCUGCUUCUGAAGGACUUGAGAGGAGCCAUAGGGCCAGAUUAGGGAGGAAAAUGUUGUUGUUAGGCCGUGUUAACAAGUUACAACAAACAGUGUAUGUAAAUAGUAAAGCCUUUAUUUUUUGUUAAGAACAGCAUUUUGAAAAUAAAACAUAUCUGCCCAUGCUUUACAA